AUGCACCACAUCCGGACUAGCUCCAUCAGCAACAAGCGUCGCAGGCCUGAACCACGUGAUCUGGCCCGUGACUCUGCUGGCCCCCCUUCGCCAGUUCCGGGCUUCCCCCCAGUAUCGCCGCCGACUGCCACUGUCAUCGACACCACAUCUUGGACACCGACGGACUCGACAAAGUCACCAUCGCCAGCGACGGGCGCCGCUGUCCCGGAUCCCUCGAAGCUAUAUGUGCAGGUAGACAUUGUUUCCCAGGACGGCUACCCCUCAAUCAUGAAAACCGCCCGCCCUUACCGCUCGCACAAAUAUCCCGCCUGUGCACGCUGCCAUAAACGUCGAUCACGAUGUACAAUCGAAGUCCCCGGCCAAGCAUGUUUAUUGUGCCGCAUGCAUGGCGUGCCUUGCUCGUCCGCAACGGCAAAGAAGGACGACCGGGUGACGCCCAAAAUUGGGUUUGUCCACCGAUCUCUGAUCACCGACGAGAAGACCCUCGAGGGUUUCUCGCAUAUUGUUGGCCCCGUCAUCGCACGCGACACUCAAAUCCUUGAUCAGUACUUGCCUCAAACUGAUGGGACAUCAGGACAUGUUCCCAUCCAACCUAAUAUUGGGAGGCGGGAUUCUCAGAAGCCCAUAUAUCAUGUUCCUAUUCCACCCCGUCGGCCGAGUCCAACGGAGUGCCAUUGUGCCAGGAAUAUGCCUGACGAGUUACUGGAUCAAGUGAGCCCGUUCAUCGACAAGCUGUUGGCGAACUAUUACGAGCAUUUUCACCCUUGUUAUCCCGUCACAGAGGAGGAGUGUAUCAUGUCGCGGUGCAAGGAUCGAAAUCAAUUGCCUCAGACCUUCUUCGUCAACUUGGUCGCGUAUGCUCUGUUCUACUGGGACGCCUCUCCAGCAUUGAGUGGCUAUGCGCGACCCGAUCAAGACUUUGCAUGGCAAACAGCCGUCGCGGCGAAUAUCACGGAUAUGCAAAAGGGCGACCUAGCCACCAUCGUCUCGAUAUGCAUUGAUAUCGCCGGAAGACCGUCGCGGUGUUUGGUGAAGAACGUUGCCGACGUUGCGAGGGCGGUCGCAUUGUCUCAUGCAAUUGGCUUGAAUCAUGACUGCAGUGAGUGGAAGAUCAGUGAUAUGGAGAAGAGGCUCCGGUGGAGAGCCUGGUGGGCAGUCGUGAUCCAGGACCGCUGGUUCAAUUUUGCGCAGGGAACGCCGCCCUACAUUUCCAAAGGGCACUAUGAUGUCCCGCUUCCGACUGUGGAGUUGCUCACUCAGGGGAGAGGCGGGUCAGUGAAGCAUGCACGAGCAGCAGACGUCUAUAUCCACCUCUGCCGGCUGACGGAAAUCGUUGGAGAUGUCCUGCCGCUUAUCUACCACAUCCGGUCAGGCAACGACAGCAUCGCCGCGGAGCAGACGUCGAGAUCGGAAAUCGAACUGAACCGGUGGAUGGAAAGCCGCCCAAGCUGGCUGAACCUGAACGACUUCCACAACAGACCGCCGGUACCGGGCCUGGUGAACCUGCAACUAUCCUACCUCUCAGUACGCAUGCUCCUCCGCCGCAUCGCCUGGCAUGAAAUCAGCCAGCGAGAAAGCGACCCGGCCUCAUCCUGGCUUUUGGGCUGUCAGGCCGCUGCCGAGGAUAUUGUUCGAUUCGCGACCUCCCUGCACAAGCAAGACCUGGCAGGGUUCUGGUUGCCUUACAACGCACAUCAUUUCACCUCGGCCGUGACGCUCCUCCUCCGAUGCGCCCUGCAAACAAGCUACUCUAACGUGCGCACCCAAUGCAUGUCCAGCGCUCGCACCCUGGUCGACUGCCUCCGCAAACACCACGAGGAACAUCAAUGGGAUCUCGCCGAAACCGCUCUCUCGCAGAGCGAAACCGUGCUGAAACGUAUCGAGGAGUCCCUGCCCAAGACGCCCAUGGCCAGGACACCCAAUGAGAACACCAUCUCCAUGCACCACGACCAUAUGGAUACCCGCGGGUAUGGAGGUGAGGAUCAUCACCUCGGCGACCCAUUACCCGAGGAGGCAUUCUUCACGCAGCAGGGAUCUAUCGAGGAGUUGUUUCCUGAGAUAUUUUCCGAUUUCUCGGACACGGCCUUGUUCGGCGGCUCGAUCCGGUCCGAGUAUACUGUAUGA